AUGCCAAAAUUUGUUGUUGUCGAACUCACCGAUGAUAUGUCAACUAUUGAUUUAUUGAGCUUCUGUGUGAGUUUUUUUGGAAGGGUUUUCGGGUGUAAUUAUUUUUUGCCGGUUUUUUCAAACAAGGGAAUUUUCUCUAGAAAUAUUUAAAACUAUUCAUUUAGAUUUUUAGAUUCACGCGAGCUCGAUAAAUCUGGCUCCAAAAAGUUUUUAUUCUAACCAUUGCUCAGAUUAGGUUUUUUUGUUGAUAAAUGGAUAGUGUAAAAUAAUGCAUUUCAAGCCUAUAAUAGUAGAUUCAAAUCAUUGCUCAGAUUAGAUGAUUUUUGAAAUUUUUGAAAAUUUCCAUGUAAAAUUCCAGGUGGUAAAACGAAAUUUUAACUUUUUGUUUUUAUUUUCAGAAAAAACAGACACGUGUAAAAAAUGAGAAAUGUUUUAUAAAAAGUCCACGUGGAAAAUUCAAGAUUUAGGGCAUAAUCUAUGUUUUUUUCACAUAAAAAUUCUAUUUUUCCCUCCAAAAUCAAGCCUGUUUUGUUUAAAAGAGCAUUUUUGUAACUCAUCAUUUUCGGCGCAUCAAAUAACCACAAAACAUGCAAAAAAGAAUCGUAUUAGCAUGAGCGCGAGACACAAAAAAUUUGUAUUAUACAUUACAAAUGUGCAAAUGUGCUGCUACUGUCUCCCAUUUCUGUCAUAGUGGUUGUUGUGGUUGUUGUUGCCCUUUUUUCCUAUUCCCGGCUGGGGUCGCGCUCCUUUUUUAUGCUAUUCGAAAAAAUAGUAUAAUGAUAGAUGGAGAGACGAGAGAAACGAAGAAGGAACCGCGGAGCCCCGUGUCAUUCCUUUUUUGUCGUUAUUUAGUUUUUUUUUUCAGUUUCUAAUGGCUGCCUGCUUGUACAUAUUUUGGCGGGAAUUAUUUUUCACGGUGGCUUGACUUUCUAGAAUCGGAUACUUGACAACUAGAGUUUCUAGACUCUGCUACUCAGCAUUUAAGCUCUCAAGGUGCUUCACUACAAGUUUAGUUUCAAUUUUGAGUAUCUUCAUGAUUUUUAUGCUCUCCACAGUCUCCUUGAAAAUAAUCGCUCUGAUAAUUUCACCAAAAAACCAUCUUCUCUGAUUGUGCAAAUUGUACGUUGUAAUUUUUCGUCGCCGCGCCUCUGAAAUGUCUUCUCGCUUCUUUCAAUCACAAUUUUUCUUGUUGUUGCUCUCUCCCCCUUUUUUCUUCCUUCCUUCCCAUCAUAAAAUUUGUUAGAAAAUAAUUUUUGACGAAACACAGUCAUUCGAAUGUUUCGAGCCCACAAAAGGCAAAAAGAAGAAAAAGAAGAGACGAAACGAGAAAUGAAAAUGAAAAACGUCGAAGAAGACGAAAUUAUUGUUAUUUGUUGUCAUUUUUAUUAUUUAUCAUUGUCGUGCACAAUGCACAUAUUAUAACAAUACAGUAUUCUUGUUCUUGUUCUCCUCCUCCUCUUCUUUUUCUUCUUCUUCUGAUAUUUUUCAACGAUUUCCCAUAAAAAUUUCUGUGGCUGGCGAAUGCAAAUAUAUGCUGCUCACAAAGUUCUUUUUUUUUCGUUAUUUGCAUUUUUUGGGACACAUGUCUCCUGUGUUCUGACUCAUUUCUCACUUCGUUUUUUGUUGUUAUUGUUAUUUUUGUUGUUGUGAUUUUUCCCGACUUGUUAGUAGCUGAAAAGCUGAAUAUCAUGUGAUUAGAGGCUUAACUCACUGAAAUUUCUCAUCCGGUUCGGAAUCCUCGAUCCAGUUCCUUGUGAAAUUUUUUCCAAAAAAAUGUUAGAUCUGUUUCUCCGAGUUCUCCAAUUCCAAUUCAGCAUCCCAAAAUUCCGACCAUCUCUGCUCCCAAGCUUUCACUACCGUAUGACCUAAAUUAUGGGCAAAAAGAAUGAAAAGAUGAAUGAGUGGAAUUGCGCAUCAUCUUCAAUUGAGUGACUCUUCUCUGUUUUGGCGGCGGCCGAGUUUUUGAAGAUGGACAUGCUUUUAAUUAUAAUUGAAGAAUUGGAUUGCUUUAGGCAAGGCGCAAAAAGAAGAAGACAAAUUGGAAAGAGAGGAAGAGUACUGUAGAUUAUAUUAGGUUUGUUAAAAAAACUCUAGACCGGUUUGGAGUUAGAUUUUCUAGGAAUUUUUUAUGUGUUCACUGAAAAAAAUAAAACUGAACUUUUUACGUUUCGACAUUAUCGUAUCCUAAAAAUUUAAACAUUUUAAACGUUGCUGUUUCGUUUGCACUUGAUGAAGAUUUUGAAAUUCUGAACUCAAACUGUUUUCCAAAUUUGUGUGGGUUAUGACGUGGCAAUGCUCAAAAAUGUAUUCUGGAAUUUUUUAAAUGGUUACUCAACAGUUCCCCAGCAUCUUAUUGUCAGAAACUCCCACUUGUUUCCAAUUUAUAGUUUGCUAUUUCAUCUAUUUUUACACAAAUCCAUGCAUAGUUUCGUUUAAUUGAAUCGUCGUCUUCUUCUUCUCCUUUUUUCUUCACCGAAUAUGUUAUUCUUAUUAUAAAUUGCACUUUCAUUUUCUUCUUCAUCUUCUUUAUUCGUUCGUACACAUCGCUCGAUUUUAUAUAUAUAUAUAUAUAUGCGCAUACCUAUGGAUGGAUGAAUCGGAUUGUUGUUGUUGUGUGUUUGGAGGACGAACGGAUGUUGGCUCGUUUUGAAUGCGCGAUGCGAUGUGACCUAGAUGCAUUGUAUUUCUCGCCGCGCUCAUCCUACAGGCAAAAAAAGCUCGACUAAACCAGUUUUGCAUUGUGAGACAAUUUCUUGGUGGUUGUGCUAGGCUGGAAAAGUGAGAAGUUCCGUUUAUCUGACGUCUAUUGGCUCGAGGCUCGGUGGCCCGAAAGCUUGUCCGAUGGGAUGUCCGUCAGUAUCUCAUUCGUCCCGCUGCCCGUUUAUCCGACGUUCUAGUGCCUUUUGCCUGUUUCCCAGUUGGUCUGUUCACCUUCCCCGGGUGUUGUACUCAUAGAUGAACUAGCACUUCGAAUUCGGAGGGAGGAGGAUUAGCUUUAGGUGCAUUUUUGGAGGUGGGGCCCUUAACUUUUGAAAACUUCGGAGAAUUUUAUGCCUUUAGAGGUCAAAACCCCACAAAUAGUUGGUUAGGGUGGUUAACUUUUUGAAAAUAUUUCCUGAAAACUCAAGUGACCCCGGAGCGACUAGUUUAUGUAUGGUUGUACUCGGGAAACGGAGGGACAAUCCAUUUUUUUGGGUACCCGUUUUCCCGCAAAUCAGUUCGCCUAGUGUUGGCCUGUUUUCCCGUUUCCCACUUGGUAUGUUGGCUGGAAAACGCCCGUUCCCCUUUUUCCCGAUCCCCGCUUGCUCAGGUUUCCAGCCUACCGUAAUUCAUCCUAACCUUCUACAGAUCAGCCCUCUCCCAGCAGAGCAAAUCCUUUGUUCCAAAUCCCUAAAUUAGGAUUCGAAAAAUUUACAUAUGCAACAUACUAGUUUUUGUUCGAACGGCCUUCCUUUUUGUUCGCACUGAAAGGCGCCACAGCUGUGCGCGGGCAUCCUUCUCGCUAUCCGUUUCCCUCAAAAAAUGCACAAUCUUUCUUUUUUUUUCGUUGGCUGCUGUGUGUGGGAAACAAUGAGUGAUACAUAUUUGGUGGUGGGAAUGAAUGAAUGGCAACAGCGAAAAUGCACUUUUUUUGGGGAAUAAAAAAGCCUUUUGUGAGAGGAGAGAAAUGUUUUUGCUUUUUUUAGACUACGGUUAGAGAAAAGCUUUUUGGAAACUUUUGUUUAUCAAGUUUUGCUUUUUUGAGUAGUGAAAAGCCGAGGAAAAGUUGGUAGAGAAGCUUGGGAUUUUUGCCACGUAUUUUUGAGUUUGAGAAUUAAUUAUUUAAAUACUUACGAUUCUAUGGAGCAUGUUAGAAAUCACGCAGAAAUUUCUUUAAAAAAAAGUAUCACGUUAUUUUUUCCGGAAAUGACGUGUUCCAAAAAUUGCUCCUAGGCUCAUUUCUAAAAACUCAGUCGCUUCUAUCAAGCUCGAUAUCUUCUAGAAAAGUUGAUGCUCGGUGAGUUCAUUUGCGCAGAAAGUCUUUUCGAAUCUCAAAACCAGAAAAUAAUUUCUGUGCAUUUUUGAGUCUGAAUUUUUACACUCUCCCUGGUUAUCCGAUCUCGCCGCAAAUCCACAAUCCGAUUUCUUCCUUCUCAUCUCAAUCGCAUUCUGUUCACGCAUAAUUGUUGAUAAUCACCACCUUCUUCUUCUUCUUUUCUCGCUCAUCUCCUCUCAUUUUUCCAUUUUCUUCAUUUCAUCCAUACAAAAAUCGUACUAAAUCCUUGACCUCUUCCAUUUCUUCUUCUCAUCUUCUUUUUUCACCCACCAAUAAAAACGAGCCGUCGUAAUUGUGCGCAAAACUCCUCUGCUGAUUGAUUUCGCUCUCAUCCCGUAUACGAUAAAAAAUUGUGGGUGCGAGAAUAUCGGAGAGAGAGAGAGAGAAUUGAGAGAUCGGGAGACAAUCGAUAGAGAAACGAGUUUUUUGAGUUGAGUUGGAUAUUUCGACAUUAUGUGUACUCUUUUUUCGGUCAUCGUAUUUUUCAUCGAGGCUCAUAGAAUUCACUGCAGGAACAUCCCAUUAUUCAAAGAAAACAUCGUGCAUGGGACCAUUUCUAAAUUCUCUAUAUCUGUAAAAAAAAGGCGUUCAAGUUCCUUAUUUUUGAGUUAGGACUCUAUUUUUCACCUUAUCUUCUUUGUAAAAAAUUUGAGAUUUAGCUCUACCAAAGUUAGAAGAUAUCUGAAUGGGACCAAACUUUAGUCAGAUGUUUGAAUCAGCCUACUUUAGAUUAGAUUCCAUUUUGUUUGAAAGCUCCAAGAUGCUCUGGUCCCUGAAAGUGUGAGCACCCUUGUCCGAUUCACCACCCUUUUCCUUCUCCGAUUAACUGAUCCCCAAUUCCUCUAUCUUCUGAGUUCGAUAUUUCCAAAUCUUCCUUGAAAUCAUUAGUUUUAUGGUCCGGUAAUCCGAAAAGUAUCGGAUUAGAUUAGAAAUCCCCAUCUCUAUUCCUUCUUAUUUUCUUCUCCAUUCGUCUCUCCCUGAACAUUCCUAUCGGCUCAUCAAUCUCCGUAAUAUACCACCACACACAUAUAAUAGUGCAUAGAUAGAGUUGCUCAUCUGAAUGACCUUCACAAAACGCGCACACAUCGAAUACCGCCACUCAAUUAUCCCUCCCUCCCUCCCUCCCUUUUUCGGUAUAGACGAAUUGUAAUAAAUUGUUACAUACACAUACUCUUUUUUCUCUGUUGAGUGCUCCAAUAACAAUUAAAUGCGCGGUAGAAAAAGGGAUCUACCAAACGGCUGGUUUUUCGAUUCAUCCAUUCAUUCAUCAUCAUUUUGUUGUUUUUGUAUUGAAAUGUGCGCGCGAGACGUAAUUAUAGGGAGAGGUCUGCGAGCAUUUAAUUACGGGGCGUACUGUAGGUCGGAAAAUAUAUAGUUUAAAGAUUUUUUGAAACUUUUAAUUGUAAUUAGGCAGAGCUCUGUUAUUUUGAAAUCUGGAAGGUCCUCGGCUUCGAAAAAUCUGCUGAGAAGAUUUUAAAAUUUGAAACCCAGAAAUUUUCCUGGAUUACUAAACUUUGUUGAAAAAAAUCCAUUUUCUAUAUGGGCUCCUAAGGCUCAAAACACUGUGCUCAUAUCAAUUUCGAAAAUCUCGUUCCCAACCUUGAACAUUGAUAAAAGUAUAUUUAGAAUCAAUGUUUCCAAAUUCGUCGAAAACCCAAAUCACAUGAUUUUGCCCCAAAAAUGCACAAAGAAACAUUCCAUUGAAAUGUUAUUGUUGUUAUUUUGUGUCUUUCUUUGACAAGGUGAAACGAUUGACUGACUCUUUUUUUUGCUGCCACACCGAAACUGGUUUAUAUGUAUGUAUGAAAUGACUCAAAAUGAGAAGAAGAAAAAGGGAAAUAAAGAGAGAAGACACCAAUUACAUAAAACUGUUUGUCAUUUUGAAGACGGCGACGACAAAAACAGUCGAAUCGAGCCGAAAAUGAAUGGAGAAGAAAUAGAAGAAGAAGACAUAAGUGUAACAAAGUGAUCAACUGAUUAUCAUUUAUUUAUGAUAUUUCGAUUCGUCCCUUAUUCUUCCUUCCUUCUUUCCUCCUUUUCUUUUCUUUUUUGUCCAAAACAGAAAUGUUGUGCCAUAUAAUAUGAGCAACCUUGCUACCACUCGUCCUUGAGAUUCAGGGCUAUUCGUUUUCCUUCUUUUCACCUAUGCGCAACCCUAACAAUAACAGAACAAAACGGCUCGGAUGGCCUUCAGAGGAGAUUUUUUGAAUAGUUUUGUUGUUUUUGGAGACACAAUUUGAGAGAGAGAGAGAGAAAGAGGAUAAAUUGUUGCGUAGAAUUGAUUGAUCGAAUGAUUUUUGAUAAGGUGUGAAAUGAGAUAUUAGUGAAAUUUUAAUUUGGAAAUUUUGUUUGAAAAUUCUAAAUCGAGCACUGAUUGAAGUUUCUGAAUAGAAAUAUAGCCACGAUUUUUUUCAAAAGACCAUUUUGGCUUUUUCAAAUUUUGAUGGUCCAAAAUAAUCUGGUCUAGAAAAUCAGACUUGAUUCAAAACCUCCUGUUUUAAAAAUUGGCUCGAGUGAACAAGCAUUCAGAUUUUAUCAUGAUGUUCCACAUAACAUCCAGAAAUUCAGAAAAAAUUCAAAAUUUCGGGAUUUUCUGAAUCGAUCUUGAUCCGAAAAAAAUUCCAAGGGCCCCAUUCAACAUUUGCCAAUCAGAAACCACUUGAGUCAGCCAUUUUUUCAUUUCCCAUUUUCAAAUUAAAAAUAUAACAAGUUACAACCCCCUAAUGUAACUUGGUUCCUCUUCUUCUUUUUCAUUUUGUUCUUCUUGCCACUCAUCUUCGAAUAAGGAAAUACAGAAGAAAAAGAAGCACACAAACACUUCUACCAAACCGGCUUCUGCUUCUUCUUUUUUCUUCUUUUCUAUUACACAUUCCUGCUUCUUCGUCUUCUUUUUCUUCAAAAACACAUCCAAUUUGAAUGAAUGCUUAUCACAAAAACCAACCGGUCUUUCUCAUUCGCUCCCUAUGUUUUUAGUGCCUUGUAAAAUAAGGCUCACGAGGUAUACUGUAGAUAGAUGGAAAGGGGCAAGAGAUAGGGGGCGGCGAGCAAUCAAUUUGAUGACCUUGACUCUUCGCCGGUUGAUUUUACCUGCACUUUUUCAUUUUAUUUCUCAUCACAUCACAAUUUUCUUGCGCGCCUUCACAAACUUUUUUUUCUUCCAGCUUUCUCUUUGCGUUUUCCAGCAAAGAAAAUUGUAAUAAUUUGCAUCCAUCAUUUAUUUCUUCUGUCUCCUCUUCUUUCUUCUCCUACAGUAGUCAGAGCCUUUGGGCGUUUUCUUUUUCUUCCUGAAUGAAUGACAGUUGGAUGGUCUGCCGCCUCUCCACAUAUUCCAAUGCUAUUUCGCACUCAAAUUGUUCGUGUGUUGUCGGCGAAGAGCCAAAAACGAGUUUUGUACAAGGCGCAGGCAGUUGAGACGAUCUUCUUCUUCUUCUUCUCCUUUUUUCUUGAUGUAAACACAUUCCAAUGAUGUUGCCCUCGGAUUACUGUAUUUAUGUUGUUAGUACGAUAGAGCAUAGAUGAUAAGAUUAGGGGCUGGGUUUGUGAAAAUUGUACAAUUUUUUUCAUUGAUUCAUUUUUUUUUGAGAUUUUAUCUUCAUCCAAAAAAAAUUGUUACACAAUAAUUACUCAAGUAAUUCGACGAAUAUGACUCAUCUCUAGGCGCGCCUUCUUGAAAACCUGAAUCUCAAGGCGCUGAUCCUUGACAGUUGAACUUUCUCGGCGCGAUUACUAGAGGUUUUUUAAGCUCAGUAGAUUUUCUAUGCUUCUUCGAAAUUAAGAUGUAAAAUUCAGAAACUGUAGAAAACCACCGAGUAAUUUUGAAUCUCUCAGAAAUUUUUCCCUUUGAGCCCUUUAAUGUGUUCUCACAAUUAAAUCGUAUCCGACAAAAAUCCUAAAAUCUAGGCCAAUCGCUCGCGCACAUCUCCCUUCUCUCUCUCCCUGUUUUCUCUCUACACAAUAAGUGCGUAUCUCCACACACACACACACACUUUCUCUCCAUAAACUCCGCCUAUAUUCUCUAAUGUGCGUACUCGCUCGCGCACAAACGAGCCAGCCCCGCCCACCUCUCAACUUUCUACCGUAUUCAUUUUGUUUGUGUCAGACGGGCGCAUUGGCUCCUGUUUUUCUUUUUUUUUGUUUAAAAAUUUAAUUGAAAGAAUAUUUGAAUUUGUUGUAGGUCAAACGAAAUUUGGAGCGAGUCUCAUUGCUGCAGAGAUUGGAAGAUCAUCCUUAUCUGCGCGAUGAAUCUGAAUUAUCACAGCAACAACAGCCAACUAGAAAUGGUGGAGCGGUGAACAAUUUGUCGGAUGAUGAGAAAAAUCGAUUGUUGAAAAUAAUUAGCGGAGGUGGACAUCAACAACAUCAGCAACAACAACAUCAUCAUUUAGUGCAACAUCCAAUGCCGUCAACUUCUUCGUUUGGAAAUGUAAGUUUUUUUUUGUUUUUUAAAAUUUAUUUUAAACCUAAACUGUUGAGGGCCAGUUUGAAAAAAAAAAUUUAAAUUUUUAUUUUUCAGCAACAACAGCAAAGUACUUUUAUGUAUUUAAAAACUGAAAGUCAACAACAACAGCAACAGCAACAAGAACAACAACAAUAUGGAAUGAAAAACGACAGCCAUUCUUUCGAGCAAACAGUCAAUCAAGUUGCUCACGGUCAACUCGAUGAUAUGCAAAACCUCGAAGUCAUUCGCGAACUCUUCCCCACUGGUGAUCUCUCGUCUCCCGGUGAAGUUCUCCGCCGAAAAGCGCCUGUUCGACGACCCGAAGAAUCGUGUAAAGCAACUUGCAAAAUAUGCGGGCACGAUGUGAUGUAUUCACCGCAAAGAACGUGGAAUCUGAUGAGACACGUUUGGAUAAUGCAUCAAUCGUCGAAACCGAGUCAAUGUUCGAUUUGUGGAUAUUCGCAUAUAAAACCGUAUGUCAGGAAGCAUAUUGAGACUCAACAUAAACAACAGAAUGCCACGAUUAUUGAUUUGAAGUGAGUUUGGACUUUGAAUUUGAAUUUUUUUUAGAAAAUCAGACGGGAUUCUUCGAUUUUAAAGUCGAAAAAACCAUCAAGAGUUUCUAUAAAUCUUGUCAAAGAUCCUCUGAUUUUAAGUUCCCUCAAUCAAUAAAUAAUUUCAGAUCACCUGAACUCGAAGCUGAAUGGGCAUCUCUACUAGAUCAAUGUUUCGGUGUAACAUAUCGAAAAUGGAAACACAUCAAAGAAGAUCCUCAACCGCAACAGCAACAACAUGUUGUUGUCCAAAAUGACGAUGAUAGUUUUGGCCAAGAUCAUUUUCAAAACGAUGUUAUGACUAAUCUUUAA